GUGGGCGAAGCCGUCCGGAUUUCUCCUUCACAUUUACGUUUCUGCCCUCAAACAUUGUUGGAAGUUUUUGAGUCAACAACAACAACAAAAAAAAUGUUACCCCUCUGCACGCUGGAGUUCAUCAUUACGUUGCUUUUCAGAGUGACGGAGGGUCGCAUGUUCCCAGAGGCGCUGCAGAGGUUCCCCCUGGCCCCCGCGUACCUCCCCGUCAGGUACCAGGUGCUGAACGCCGAGUCGGCCUUCUUCCUGAAGGAGGCCAACCAGGACUUGAUGAGGAACUCCAGCCUGCAGGCCCGCACCGAGCCCUUCUUCGUGCACCAGGCCCGGCGCCCGCCCUCCGUCAACGCCAGCUACGGCCCCCUGUGGGUGGAGCGGGCGGUGCCUCCGGAGCUCCUGCAGGUGGGCGCGGCCUUCUCCUCCUCAUCCUCCUCCUCCACCUCAGUCUUCACUUUCAACUGGAAGGUGCAGACCUUCAUCAUCAGCGAGCGGAUCUACCCGGGCGAGCCCAAGGUGCAGGUGCUGUUCUACGUGGCGGGGCGGGACUGGGACGACUACGGCGCGGUGGAGGGGCUGCCCUGCGUGGGCAUGCUGGCCUUCCACGAGACCCAGGAGGUGCGGGGCGGCUGCCGGCUGCGGGGCGAGCUGGGCCUGUGCGUGGCCGAGCUGGAGCCCCUGCCCGGCUGGUUCAGCCCCCCCAGCGUGGUGCCUGGGCGCCAGAGAGCCCCCGAGCAGGCCGACGGCACCCCCGUGGAGCUCUACUACGUGGUGCGGCCCGCCCAGGGCGGGGACUGCGGCACCGAGGACCCCAGGAAGGGCGGCUCCGCCCGCUCCGACCCGAGCGGCGGUGGCGGUGGUGGGGGGCCCUCGGGGGCCUCUGGCUCCGCCCCCAUGCGGCGGAUCGGAAGCGUGCGGCUGCACCAGAGCUCCACCGACGCGCAGCUCGGCCAGGUCAGGCUGGACGCCAACUUCGUGGUCCUGAUGCCGUCGGGGCCGGUCAGGCAGAGGGACGGCGUCACCGCCUACGUCGCGACCUCUGACCCCUCUCAGGUGGACCGGUUCACCCUCAGGGUGACACUGAAAAGGGGCGUGGAGUUCCUGGGGGCGAGGCCCAGCGCCCCCUUCCUGUGGUCGGUGACCCAGGAUGAGAGGAGGGAGGGGCAGAAGGUCAUCACCCUGCAGUGCAGCCGGAGCGACCCGGGGUUCGACCGCAGGGCGGAGUCUGGGUUCCAGAAUGUUCUGCAGGUGGACCUGGAGGUGGAUGACUUCCUGGCCCCGCCCAGCAGCAGGGCCGUUUCCUGGCAGGUGGAGUAUCCUGGGACUGGGGUGGUCACCACAGAGACCGAGACACUAAUACAGCUGGCGCACAGGAAGCUGGGAGGCCUCGUGCCAUUGGCUAUGGACACGGAGAUCCUGAACACGGCCGUGCUGACGGGGCGGACGGUUGCCGUGCCGGUGAAAGUGGUGACGGUGGCGCCGGACAGCGGCGUGGCAGACGUGACCGAGACGGUCUUGUGCCGCUCGGUCGACGACGACGUGGUCAAGGUGUCGGACAGGUGCGACUACGUCUUCGUGAACGGGAAGGAGAGCAGGGGGCGGGUGCGGGUGUCGGUGAACUUCACCCUCGGCCCCCUGAGCGCCCAGCUGGAGAUGAGCGUGUGGAUGCCCCGCCUCCCCCUGCAGGUGGAGGUGUCCGACCCCGAGCUCAGCCAGAUCAAGGGCUGGAGGGUGCCAGUUGCCCCUGGCGACCAGAGGUCUGAUGCUGCUGAUGAUGACGAAGGCGAGUAUGACGAAGACGACGGGGGCGGGCGGGGGCGGGACUGCGUGCCGCAGUACCAGGGCGCCAUGGUGCGCGUCCUGACGCACUUUGCGGCCGAGUCGGCGGACGGCCGCGGCCAGACGGACUUCCUGUUGGGCAGCGACUGGCAGGUGGACGUCACGGACCUGGUGUGGGACUGCCUCCGGGUCCGGGACCCCCUGAUCGCCCAGCUGCGGGACGGCCAGGUGCUGAUGGGCCUGCAGAAAGGGGAGACUUUGUUACAGGUGCUGUCUCCUCUCUCGGACUCGGUCCUGGGUGAAAGGUCGGUGAAGGUGCUGGAUGACAGGGUGUCCAUCACAGAGCUGGGGGUGCAGCUGGUCUCCGGCCUCUCCCUCUCCCUGCAGCUCAGCCCCGGAAGCAACAGGGCCAUCGUCGCCACGGCGACCACGCAGGAGGUGCUGCACAGCCCCAAGCAGGAGUCUCUAAUCAGCGCGUGGCUGCAGUUCAGCGACGGCUCCAUGACCCCCCUGGACCUGUACGACCCCGCCCACUUCCUGCUGACGGCCAGCUCGCUGGACCCGGCGGUGGUGGGCGUGCGGCAGGGCGCGGUGUGGAAGUGGCCGGUCAUCGUGGCCGAGAGCGAGGGCCAGGGGCUGCUGGUGAGGGUGGAGAUGUCCGCCAGCGAGCGCUGCCAAGCCCCCGAUCGCCGCGGCGUCCUCGCCGCCGGCAACGCCGGCGUCCGCGUCAGGUUCGGCGCCCCCCCCGGGCCGGAGGGAGAGGGGGGAGAGGAGGGGGCGGAGACCCGGGCCGGGGGACGCGGGCGUCGCCCGGGGGCGGACGCGCCGUACUACGGGAGCUCCGUGUCCGGCGUGGAGGGCGGGGCCACCGGGAGGGGCACCGCCGCCACUGCCAAGUCCGCCGUGGCCCGGGACGAGGGGGCCCGCCCGCGGGACGUCCCCGUGGACUUCCCCGCGCAGGCGGACCUCCCGCGCAACCGCAACCUGGAGGACGACCUGCUGCAGGCCCCCCGGGGUCUGACCGACCUGGAGAUCGGCAUGUACGCCCUGCUGGGCGUCUUCUGCCUGGCCAUCCUCGUCUUCCUCAUCAACUGCGUCUCCUACGCCCUCAAGUACCGCCACAAGCAGCUGCCCACGGGGGAGGGGCCCGAGGCCAUGAACCACGCCCACGACUGGGUGUGGCUGGGUAACCGGGGGGAGCUGCUGGACAGCCAGCCCAGCCUGUGCUCCGAGCCGGACGAGAGCACCACCGCCCUGGACCCGGGCGCCGGGUUCGAGGAGGGCAGCCACCUGCUCAACGGCGCCGCGCAGAAGAACGUCCAGGGCCAGGUGCACCGGUCCGCCGACGGCGGCGGCGGCAACGGCAACGGCGGCGGACCGGGCGGCGACCACAAGAGCGAGUCGCUCAACUCGCCCACCACCAAGCGCAAGCGGGUAAAGUUCAGCACCUUCACCGCCGUGCCCCUGCCCGUCGGCGCCCGCCAAGGCGUGGGUCACCUGACCGGCGUGCCCGGCGGCGACAUCACCUGGGUCUGCCAGGACGUGGAGCUCGGAGACUCCACUGAGCUCCGGAACUACAUGGAGAGAUUAGGGGAAAAUGUCUCUACAAACACUGCAUAGGAUUUUAUUUCAUUUUGUUCCCCACUUUUUGAUUUUCUUUUUUCUUUUUUUUGGGGAAUACGGACGCCGCCUGUAUGCCUUCAGGCAGGGUAAGUACACUGGACCUCUUUGGCUAUCGUACAAUGAAAACAGAGUUGAAACUGGAACUUUACCACAACAACUGCAAGGAGAACUUUCAUUACUUUCGUUGCCAUGGGAACUGACAAUGGGUCAUUUUUCAUAAGUUACUGGGUAGAAGAAAAUAUCAAUUAAAAGACUGGAUUUUUGGAAGAAAAUCAAUCCUGGAUAUAGGAAAUGCAAAUGAAAUGUGUUUUUUUUUUUUAUUUGCUCAAUAACGUGUUUCAUUUAAUUUUGAGUUAUCAUUGCUUAUGUAUUUUGGUCUUCAUUAUUUAUGUGUUAUUUAUGUAUUUAUGAUUAGGGUACUUUCAUUUAAUGAUUGUUUUUGAUGUAGUUUACAUCACAUCAAUUCUCCAGAUUAAUGCACUAAAAAUUGAUCAAACAAUAUGUGGAUCUGUAUUUUCUUAGAGUGUUAUAUUGAUAAGUAGUUAAAUUGAAUCAGAGAUACAUUUAAGAAGGUUUUAUGGUGUUUUGUAAAAAUUUUUAGCAUUUUGUUAAUAUUCUAAUUCAUGAGUCGUGUUUUCCGUUUAUCGUUAUUUUUUCACGGACGAGACCAGCUCUGAGUUAUGCAUGUGACUAUAAAUAAAAACACGGCAUUCUGAUCUGAAGCCUGUUGCUAAAAUGGAAGGCGUGUGCUGUAAACUGUAUGGAAUGUUUCCUCGAUUCACCGGAAAAUGCCACCGUGUCGCUGCUCUGCAAAUAGAUCUUUUUUGUUUGUUUGUUGUGUUUACCUUUCCACGCGCACCCAGGGUUCUUCUAAAGCACGGGAAGCGGAUGUGUCAAGCGCUCGUAUGCCUUCGAAUCGACGGCGGGGGGAAGCCAUGUAAAUCUCCCGGUUAAUUUAUUCACUUCCUGCUGAGUUCAACGGCGUCACAAUAAGAGCGGGGUGCACUGGGGACUCUGAGUGUACUGAGUAUGACACAGCAGUCGAUAGCGCGCACCCAGUCUUCGUUUAAAAACUCUCGUUUGGUGUAUGCCAUCUCUCUUGCGUUUCUUUUAUUUAUUUGUUUAGUUAUUCUUUCGGUCUUAUGUUCCCUCUCUGGCUGAAACAGACUGCGAACAGCGGACAGCGGGAGGGGCUGCGGAGUUUACCGCCGUUGGCCAGAACGGCGGCUCGUGGUCUGGUCUGGCGGGUUGGCGAGGAGGUCCCACUGGCGGGGGUUUGCGUUUCGCGCCGUCGCGGGCGGAUUCCGGCGGACACACACGCGCCGGCUCGGUCCGCUUCACCUCCGGGCCGGCGGCCCGCCCUCGUCGUCGGCGGCGACGGAUCCUCGAGGACGCUCGCGGGACUCGCGCCCGACCUCUCGCCCUUCCGCUCGGAUUGCGCGGGAACCGGCGGCUCCCGUCGGUCGCAGACGACCGCUCUGCCGACACGCCGGGGCAGAGUUCGGUUAGAAUACGGGGGUCAGUCCCAGAUUCGAAAAACGGCGAGCUUCGUCGACACGGUCCAUUGGAAAGAGUCCACCGAGCACGGGGUUCCUGUGUGAUUUUCUGUUUGCUGUUUUCCUCCUCACUUCUUGAAUUAUUAAA